AUGAAUAAACCUAAAUUCUUACUCUAAUUUGCUUGGAAAGAAGCAAGAUAAUAAGAGGAUAAACUUUUAGAAGUGGAAGCUAUGAAUAGUGUUGAAUAAGAGAUACAACUUCUUGAGAAUAAUGAGUAAAUUCAAAUAAAUAAAUAGUGUAUGGAAAUCGAAACCACUCAAGAUUAUUUAGAAAGUUGUCAUUUUCAUAACAAAAAUGAAACACUUCUCAACACAAUACAGGUUUAAAAUUUUAAAUAAGGAUAUUUUCAAUUUGAUACAUGAUCUUAGUAGCUCAUUUUAAUACUAUUUGUAUAAUGAUCUUUUGGAUACAAAACCUACAAAAGUAUGAUAUAUUUUAAAUUCAUUUUUUAGUAUGGAGAAGUAAAAUAUGAGGGGAAAUAGAAAAAUGCAUUUUGGUGGAGAAUAUGGACUUUUCUUAAGAGUAAUUAAACAGUUCUCUUGCCAGCAGAUAAAUUUCUAUUUGUUUGGGAUGUAAUCUUAAUGCUUGUAACAAUUGUGAAUAUUUUAUAUGUUCCACUUCAACUAUCUUUUGAUUUGAACAAAGAAUAAAUAGGAAAUGCUUAUUUAUUAUUUAGCACUUUACCAAGUUGUGUAUUUCUGAUGGAAUUAAUUUUAAAUUUCUUUAAAGGUUAUUAUGCAAGAGGAAUCUUACAUACUUCAAAGAAGGAUAUAUUUUGGCAUUAUAUAAAAGGAGAAUUCUUCCUUGAUUUGACAGUUGUGUUACCAUUCAUACUUUCUUGGUUUGGAUAUUAAUUUGCAAACUAUUUAAUGUUAAUAAGAAUGACUAAAGUAAGAAGGACAAUGGUAGUAAUAGAAGAAAUAUCAAAUUUCAAAGAAAAAACAGCAGUUAUUUAUUCUCUAUUUUGUUUAAUAUACUCUUUAUUAUUGAUAUCUCAUUUUUGUGCUUGUUUAUUUCAUUACUUUGCCAUUUUGGAAGUAGAUCUGGGCUACUAACAUACAUGGUUACAUUAAUAGGAUAUUUAUGAAGCUAAUGCAUAUGUGAAAUAUUUUACAUCCCUUUAUUGGGUAACUAUAACUUCAAUGACAGUUGGAUAUGGAGACAUAAUACCAGUUACUACUCCAGAGAAAAUAUUAGUAACUUUUUUUACAUUUUUGGUUGUUGGGACGUUUGGUUAUGCUUUGGGAAUGAUUUAAAGCAUAUUUUAUAAAUUGGCUGAAUAAUAGAAUAUUAAUAAUUCUAAACUUAGACUUGUGAGUAAUCAUAUAAAAUAAAGAGGAUUGAAUACUUAAUUGUAAUUUCGAGUAAGGAAAUAUAUAGAAUAUUAUUUAUAAUUUAAGUAGGAAGAAGAAUUAGAUUUGGAUGAAUUAAUGGGAUAAUUAAAUCCAAAAUUAAAAUAAGAAGUUUAAAUUGCAAUGUAUUAUAGUUAUUUUAAAUAAUCAAAAUUAUUUGGAUUGAAUUUAUCAGAGGAUACUUUGAUGAAAUUAUGUUUUUGUAUACAUGAAAAGACUUAUGCACCAGAAGAAUUUAUUAUUAAGAAAGAUGAUCAUUCGGAUAAAGUGUAUAUAUUAUUAGCUGGAAAAGUGAAAUCAGUAUUAUUAGAUAGAACAAUAAAAACAUAUACAAGUGGUAAGUUAUUUUGUGAAAGAGAAUUCUUUUUUUAAGAUUGUAUGUAAUUUGAUAUUGUAGCUUAAACUUUUGUAUAGGUUGCUUAUAUCACUUAGAAUGAAUUCUUAUCAAUUUUAUAGAAAGAUAGAAGGUAAUAUGAGAAAUAUAGACUGAUUCUUGAUAAAACUUAAUUUGGAGAUAAUUCUACUUAAAUAAAAUGUGAAGCUUGUUCUAGUCAUCAUUAAUUCAAACAUUGUCCAUUAGUAAUCUUUAGAAAAAAUAGAAAUAAAAUUAUAACUGCAUACAAUAGUAAUAUUGAUCAUUAAAGAUAAUCAUUUAUUCGAUAAAGAAAAAGAAAGAGAUUUAAUUUACUUAAUAUUAGAGAAAAAGCUUUAGAAAAUAUGUUGGAACAUCAAAUAUCAAUACCUUAGGUUGACACAAAAUAAUUAAUAAGAUUUGGAUUCCCAAAAUAAGAAGAAGAGGAUUUCGAUUUUCCUGAUUAAACACUUGGAUUACAUUCUCAAUAAUAAUCUCUUAAUUAAUAAGAUAUCAAAAAUUUGUUUAAGAAUAAAUUAUUUCAAUAAGUGAGCAAUAGAAGUCUCUUAACACCAAAUAAUAAUCUAAAUACUGCAUAUACUCCUAAUAAUAAUUAAGGUAAUAACCAAAAUAAUAAUUAUGAAACCUAAGAAGAUCAUCAUACAUUAAUAUUAAAUAAUGAUUUAAAUAUCGAUAAGGUAUAAAUAUUUGAAAAAUACUAUCCUCAUUUCAAUAUAACCAAAGUAGCUAAGUUAAUAAAUAACUCAUAUAUUUAUACUAAAGUUUUAUAGAAGAUUAGAGGUCAUAAAAGCAAAUUUGCUAAUUACAUAGCCCGUCAAAUAAUGUAUAAAAUAAUAUGA